CGCCGCGCUCGCAACGCGUCCGACACCCGGCCCCGGCUCCGGCCCCGCCGCUCUCCCGCCGCUCUCCGGCCCCGGCAGAUAAAACUUGGGUUGUUUGAAAAGUGGAGAGAUAUUUCACCGUGGUGAAAAAGAAGAUACAGAAGAGGAGAGCAGAAUGAGAGUUUUGCAAGUGCCUCAUGCCUGCAGCUUGCUGUCUUUAGUGAUGCUGUUCCUUCCAGUCACUGGAACGUCAAAACAAAAUAUCCCAAGACUGAAGCUUUCCUAUAAAGACUUGCUGCUUUCAAACAGCUGCAUCCCAUUCCUGGGCUCAGCAGAGGGGCUUGAUUUUCGAACCCUGCUGCUAGAUGAGGAGAGGGGCCGGCUGCUAGUCGGGACAAAGGACCACAUCUUCCUGCUCAACUUGAUUGAUGUAAACAAAAAUGUAAAAAAGAUUUACUGGCCUGCAGCAAAAGAGAAGGUAGAAUUAUGCAAAUUGGCUGGGAAAGAUGCCCAGACAGAAUGUGCCAAUUUUAUCCGCGUUCUUCAGCCGUACAACCGGACCCAUGUUUAUGUCUGUGGCACAGGAGCGUUUCACCCUCUCUGUGGAUACAUUGAACUUGGAACUCACAAAGAGGAGAUGGUGUUCCGUUUGGAUACCCAGAACCUGGAGUCUGGCAGGUUGAAGUGUCCCUUCGAUCCCCAGCAGCCGUUUGCUUCAGUGAUGGCAGAUGAGUAUCUUUAUGCUGGAACAGCUUCUGAUUUCCUUGGCAAAGACACUGCUCUGACACGUUCUCUGGGCCCUUCUCACGACCACCAUUACAUCAGAACUGACAUUUCUGAACAUUACUGGCUCACUGGAGCGAAAUUCAUUGGAACUUUUCCUAUCCCAGAUACCUAUAACCCAGAUGAUGAUAAAAUCUACUUCUUUUUUCGAGAAAUAUCUCAAGAUAGUGGCACAUCUGACAAGACAAUCCUUUCCAGAGUUGGGAGAGUUUGUAAGAAUGAUAUGGGAGGCCAAAGAAGCCUAAUAAACAAGUGGACAACUUUUCUGAAGGCCAGGCUUGUGUGUUCCAUACCUGGUCCUGAAGGGACAGACACACAUUUCGAUGAGCUGCAAGAUGUAUUCUUACUUUCUACAAGAGAUGAGAGGAACCCUCUUGUUUAUGGAGUCUUCACUACAACAAGCUCGGUGUUCAAGGGCUCUGCAGUAUGUGUGUACAGCAUGGCCGAGAUCAGGGCCGUGUUCAAUGGCCCCUACGCGCACAAGGAGAGCGCGGAUCACCGCUGGGUGCAGUACGAGGGCCGCAUCCCCUACCCCAGGCCUGGAACAUGUCCCAGCAAAACCUACGACCCGCUCAUAAAGUCCACCAGGGACUUCCCUGACGAGGUGAUCAGCUUCAUCCGGCGGCACCCGCUGAUGCACAAGGCCGUGUACCCGGUGACAGGCGCGCCCGUGUUCACGCGCAUCAACGUGGACUAUCGCCUCACGCAGAUCGUGGUGGACCAUGUCAUGGCAGAGGAUGGCCAGUACGAUGUCAUUUUCCUAGGGACAGAUGUAGGCACAGUCCUGAAGGUUGUGAGUAUCACAAAGGAGAAGUGGACCAAGGAGGAGGUGGUCCUGGAAGAGCUGCAGAUAUUCAAGCAUCCUUCAGUUAUCUCGACCAUGGAGAUUUCUCAGAAACAGCAACAAUUGUACAUUGGUUCCAGGGAUGGAUUGGUUCAGCUCUCUCUGCACAGAUGUCACACGUAUGGGAAGGCUUGUGCAGACUGCUGCCUUGCCAGAGACCCAUACUGUGCCUGGGAUGGAAACUCUUGUUCCAGAUAUGCCCCCACUUCUAAAAGGCGAGCCAGAAGGCAGGAUGUCAAGUAUGGAGACCCAGUUGCACAGUGCUGGGAUGUGGAAGACAGCAUUAGUCAUGAAACUGCUGAUGAAAAGGUGAUUUUUGGCAUUGAAUUUAAUUCCACUUUUCUGGAAUGUACUCCUAAGUCCCAGCAAGCCUCUAUUAGGUGGUAUGUUCAACGCUCUGGAGAAGAACAUCGAGAAGAGCUGAAGGCUGAUGAAAGGAUCAUUAAAACAGAGCAUGGGCUGCUGAUCCGCAGCUUGCAGAGGAGGGACGCGGGAGCCUAUUUCUGCAAAGCCCAGGAGCACACCUUCGUGCACACCAUCGUGAAGCUGAACUUGAACGUCAUCGAGAAUGGACAGAUGGAGAGCACCCAGAAGACUGAGGACGAGGAGGGCCGGGUGAGGGAUCUGCUGACGGAGUCCCGGCUGAGGUACAAGGACUACAUCCAGCUGGUCAGCAGCCCCAGCUUUAGCCUGGAUGAGUACUGUGAACAGAUGUGGCACCGCGAGAAGCGGCGGCAGCGGAACAAAGGUGGUGCCAAGUGGAAGCAUGUGCAGGAGAUGAAAAAAAAGCGAAACCGAAGGCACCACGAGCCAGCCAGGCCACCCUCGACGUAGUUUGUAAAUGCUAUUUAAAGAAAGGACAUUUUCCAUAAGAUAAAAGAAAUACUGUGUUCUGAUUUUGUGCAUCUUGCCUAUGAGUUAGUACUGCUUCUUCUUGAAAUCGGAAAAUUUACCAUCACUGUUAAUCUGUGUGAGAAUGUACAGUGGGAUUCAAUGCCAAAUGAGAUAUUCCUUAGUGGAGUGCUGCAAACCAGGCAAUCAUUUCAAAUGCAUUCAUUAAAAAAGAAAACGUGUACACUUUUAGCUAAUUUCUGGGUAGCCUUAGACUGCGUGAGCUGUGUUCUUUACUUCCUUUGUAAUUUUCACAUAGGGUUUAGUGUUUGUGUUCCCAUAUUAACAUUUGCUGCCACAUUCCACCCCAGAGGUGGCUGCAUUUCAGGGGAAGGCAGAUGUACUUCCAGUUCUUUGGCAUCUUUCUGAAUAAGAAGCAUGGUAGAAAUGUGUGACAGAUCUGCAAAAAUACCCCUAAUUUACCCACUGGGCCUGUAUACAGGCACACGGGUGGGGUUUGCUAGCACAGAGAGGCACAGCAAAAAAUCAAAUUAAGUUUUGGCUUAGGGACAGCAUUCAUUCUGCCCAUAAAAAAGAGAAAGCAUAAUCAGAGUUUAAGAGAGGGGAAUUAUCGAGUGUUACUCGUUAGUGUUUGAGUAGCCACCAGUUUGCAGUCCAUCUGCUGAAAUGAAAUGCUGACUCUAAUUGAAAUUGCCACCGAGAUGCUUGGGAGCAAAUUUCCUAAGUGAUCCAUGGGAGGUAUGUGCACAAAUCCUAUUAACAAAUAAUGGGACUCCUGCCUGCACCUCUUCUAUGCCUCUAAAGGUUUGACUUUGACUGUUUCUCUGGCCCUUUGCUGGCUUUGUUUUACGCAGAGGAAAAGAAAAUUAAAAGACAACAACAAGGCUAAAAUGAAAGACGAUGAGGGAAAUAUGUAGUGGCUGAGACCAGUGCUCUUGACACAGAGCUGACAUUCCUCAGAUGUGUGUAUUCUUUGGGAUUUUUUCUCAAAGGUCUUAUGUAUUUUUAAGUUGAAAAUUUGCAUUGUUGGAAUUAAUACUUUUAUUAUAAUUAAAUAAGAGAUGUCCACGUGUAAAUAAAACUUGUAAGUUAGAAAUUUGCUGUAUACCAUAAUGUCAUUUGUAAAGUGUUCCUUGUUCCUUGGUUUAUAUUUUGGGUUUAAUAAUGUAAAUUUUUUACACAUAAGCAAGAAAUACUGGCCUCAUCUUUGUCUGUUUUACAUCAGUAUCAUUCAAUUCAUUUUAUUCCUGAUAUGCAGCAACAAACACAAGCUCAAAAUCAGGCCUACUGUCUCCUCUGAUGGCUGAGUCACAGCCCCCCUCUCCUACGUUCCAUCUAACCUUCCUCCGUUUUGCCUUUCACGCCUUUUUGAGUGUGAAAUGACAAAUUAGCCACUUCCUCACAUGGAAGACAGCUUUGAUGGAUACCAAAAUGACAGACUUUACUUGUUUCUCAUGCAUUCUACAGAUCUUGAGAGCAAAGUCUGUGGGAAAGGCGUGCAAUUGAUGUGCACCUCAUUAAGGGACCAAAACUGUUGGCUCUGGAGCCCUCGCCCAUGCUGGUGUUUGUGUGCGCAUUCAGUCACAGAUCUAAAAUUGUGAAGGUCCAAUUUGCAUCGUUGUUCAUUUCCUCUCUGUUGAAAGUCGGAUAUGGCAAAGUGUUUGUCAGAUUUCAGAAAGGAAUCUCAGCUUACCCACAUUUCUUGUAAAACCUGAAAGCUGCGUUUGCAUGUGUUGUACAAAAGCCAGCGAUACCAUAUGUCAUUAAUUUUAGAUGCUUUUUUAAUAGGAGAUGUAUGAGUUAAUUAGGAGAUACUAGAUAGCAUGCGUACAAUGCUUUGAUAGUGUAAAGCACUGAGUGCUAAAUAUUAUAAAAUCAUCUGUGGGGAGGAGGGAAUGUCUCAGCGCAGGACCUUUAAUCAGCAGAAAGACUGAUGCUGAAGAUACUAACCAGUCGUACAGUAUUUGAGAACAUGCAGAGAACUUUUUGGCAUUUUUGCUGCAAAAUAAUGUAGACCAGGCAUUUCACAAGAGGCUCAUCAAUUUGGGUACCUUGAUUUUAAGGCCAAUUAAGACUACUUAGGGAAGGUAUGGGGGGGUAUUAAACUACUACAUAUAAAGCACAGGGAUACUUAAUAUUCUUGGCUGGAAGAUUAUGCUGUCACCAUACAGAACUUGCCUAGUUAUUCCUUAUUAGAUUUUUAUCAGUCCACAAAGUCCCAUUUCUCUGGCUUGGGCAUUAAGGAAAUGAGUGGAACCGCACCAAGGCUAUGCAAUGGCAGGUGGGCUGCAUUUGCAGGCACUGGCAAAGGAUCCACUCUUCUCUUCAGUGGUGACAUGGUACUUCAAUUGACAACUCUCAUCACAUGUUUGCCUACUUCAUAAAGAAGCAAAGCAGGCUCUUUUUUCAUACUUUUUCUCCUCCAUGAAAACUAAAUCAUCUGAUUUAUGUUUAGGUAUGAUUGGAGGUUUGUAUUCUACAAAUGAAACCCCCCCAACUGACUUUAGUAGAAAUAUGGGGUAAGGGUCUCAGUACUGGGAACAUUAGAUUUAAAUGGUUGAAUUAAAAUGUUAUUGCUCUUAAAAACUACUUUCAUUUCUUUUAUUUCAAAUGUUCUUGCAAUGUGAUUCUUCUUAAAGAAAUGACCUCAUCAGUCUGGGGUACAGUGGUAGCAUAAAACCCCAAGUGAGAGAUAUAAGACCUC